AACCCUGCUGUUGUGCCGGCGAUAUGCGCGUCCCUCGGCUCAAGACACAGCUUGCUCGCCGCGGAUGCUCUGCCCAGCACAACGGAUCCGGGUGCAGGGCGAGAUUGGACGACGAACAAAAUCUCCGUCGUAUAAGAAACUCGUAAAGCCGCUGCCAUCCUCGCAGCAUGUGAGUCCGUCUCCGCCAUGGCCGCCCUCAUGCCCCCACGAGCCCUCGCCCGCUCGCUGCAACACGUCUCCCGCCGACACGCUCUCCGCCCCGCCCAAUGCCUGGUAAAUCAGCAACGACAGCGAGCAUCAACAUACGCAAGCCCUCACCAGGCGGCUCAGCUAUCGAUAGUACAGACCGCCGUUGAUACGAGCAGCAAUGGCUUCCAAGAAAAUGCCGCAGCGAUGGGCGAGUACAUGUCCAAGCUGACAGCUCUACACGAGAAGGCUUCGAAGGGAGGGCCAGAGAAGUCCAGGCAAAAGCACGUCGAGAGAGGAAAGCUGCUGGUCAGAGAUCGUAUAACUGCUCUCGUCGAUCCUGGGGCGAGCUUCCUUGAGCUGAGCGCAUUGGCCGGGCACGAGCUAUAUCCAGGCGAGGAUGUACCAGCAGGAGGCAUAGUCACAGGCAUUGGAACAAUAGAGGGCGUGCAGUGUAUGAUUCUCGCCAACGACAGUACAGUCAAAGGAGGGUCGUACUAUCCCAUCACAAUCAAGAAGCACCUCCGAGCACAAGAAAUUGCACAACAAAACCGCCUGCCAUGCGUGUACCUCGUAGACUCUGGUGGUGCCAAUCUCCCACACCAAGCCGAUGUCUUCCCUGAUCGAGACCACUUCGGCCGCUUCUUCUUCAACCAAGCAAAUAUGUCUUCCCUUGGAAUACCGCAGAUCAGUGUGGUCAUGGGUUCGUGUACAGCUGGUGGUGCUUACGUGCCCAGCAUGUCUGACGAGAGCAUCAUUGUGAAAGAGCAAGGCACUAUCUUCCUGGCUGGUCCACCACUCGUUAAAGCCGCAACAGGUGAAGAAGUUAGCGCUGAGGACCUAGGAGGUGGCAAGCUCCACUCCGAGGUGUCUGGCGUGACAGACUACCUAGCCGAAGACGAUGCACAUGCAAUCGUUCUUGUACGAAGAAGCAUCUCCAACCUGAACUACCCCAAAACCGGCAACCCAUCUCGAAAAGAGAACUGGACCGAGCCUUUGUACGACCCUGAAGAACUCGGCGGUAUCGUAGGCACGAAUCUCAAGCAGUCUAUCAACAUGCACGAAGUAAUCGCUCGUAUCGUCGAUGGAUCCGAGUUCUCCGAGUUCAAGCCUUCUUAUGGCACAACACUCCUCACAGGCUUUGCCUCCAUCUACGGACACCCAGUAGGCAUCAUUGCCAACAACGGAAUCCUCUUCAGCGAAUCAAGUCUCAAAGGCGCACAUUUCAUCCAACUCUGCAGUCAAAGAAACAUCCCUCUGAUCUUCCUACAAAACAUCUCAGGUUUCAUGGUCGGACAAGAUGCAGAGAAAGGCGGAAUUGCCAAAAACGGCGCAAAACUCGUCACCGCAGUCGCGUGCGCUCAAGUACCCAAGUUCACAGUCCUCGUGGGUUCAUCAGCUGGUGCAGGGAACUACGGUAUGUGUGGACGAGCAUACUCUCCUCGAUUCUUGUGGAGUUGGCCGUCGGCGAAGACCAGUGUCAUGGGCGCCGAGCAAUUGAGUUCUGUCAUGGCAGCGGUGGGGAAGAAGGUCGAUCCGGAGCUGAAAGCGCGUAUCGAGAGGGAGAGUGAAGUUACCUUUGGCACUGCGAGGUUAUGGGACGAUGGAGUUAUUCCUCCAAGCCAUACGCGAAGAGUUCUGGGUAUGGGGUUACAGGCUGCUAUGACUGGUUCUGUGGAAAAGAAGGAGACGAAGUUUGGUGUGUUCAGGAUGUAAUGUAUCGUCUGGAUGAAAGGAUGUCAGGUAUUCUCACGAGAUCAAAAGUCGUUCAGCUCCGCGUGCCUUUUGUUCUCAGGUUCAAUCGGAUCGCGCGA